CCCCGGCUGCCCCUACAACCAGGAACCAUGCGGGUGACCUGCAUGUUCUCCUCCAUCCUCCUGUUCGGAGCUGCAGGCCUCCUCCUCUUCAUCAGCCUUCAGGACCCCACGGAGCUUGUACCCCCGCAGGUGCCAGGAAUGAAGUUCAACGCCAGGCUGCAGCAGCCUCACAAAGACUUCCCACCACGAGGUUCCCAGGAUGGUGACUCGAAAGUACCCACAGAGAGGGGCGCCCGAGACUGGUCGAGUCCUGUCCCCGGGGGCCUUGACUUGCAGCGGGACAGCCUGGAGCCCCCGAUGCGUGACCAGCCGGGCCCCUACCCCAAAGCGGGAUCGCGGCUCCGGCAACGGCGGAGACGGCUGCUAAUCAAGAGAAUGCCAGCCGCAGCUCCCGUCCCUGCCAACAGCUCGGCCAGCACCCGCGUCCCAAGCGGCCACUGGGCCAUCCUGCAACAGCGCCAGCAAGAGCGCAAGAGGGUGAUGAGGGAGGCGUGCGCCAAGUACCGCGCGAGCAGCAGCCGCAGGGCGGUGACACCGCGCCACGUGUCCCGCAUCUUCGUGGAGGACCGCCACCGCGUGCUCUACUGCGAGGUGCCCAAGGCCGGCUGCUCCAACUGGAAGCGCGUGCUCAUGGUGCUGGCCGGACUGGCGUCCUCCACCGCGGACAUCCAGCACAACACCGUGCACUACGGCAGCGCGCUCAAGCGCCUGGACACCUUCGACCGCCAGGGCAUCCUGCACCGCCUCAGCACCUACACCAAGAUGCUGUUCGUCCGCGAGCCCUUUGAGCGCCUUGUUUCUGCCUUCCGCGACAAGUUCGAGCACCCCAACAGCUACUACCACCCGGUGUUUGGCAAAGCGAUCCUGGCCCGGUACCGAGCCAACGCGUCGCGGGAGGCUCUGCGGACGGGCUCCGGCGUGCGCUUCCCUGAGUUUGUCCAAUACCUGCUGGACGUGCACCGGCCGGUGGGCAUGGACAUCCACUGGGACCACGUCAGCCGCCUGUGCAGCCCCUGCCUCAUCGACUAUGACUUUGUAGGCAAGUUUGAAAGCAUGGAGGACGACGCCAACUUCUUCCUGAGCCUGAUCCGCGCCCCGCGAAACCUGACUUUCCCGCGCUUCAAGGACCGGCACGCACAGGAGGCACGCACCACGGCGCGCAUCACGCACCAGUACUUCGCGCAGCUUUCUGCCCUGCAGCGCCAGCGCGCCUACGACUUCUACUACAUGGACUACCUGAUGUUCAACUACUCCAAACCCUUCGCAGACCUGUACUGA